AUGUUCUUAUUACAGGAUGAUGUACACGAUUCAUACGAUCUAACAACUGGACUUGGAGGUCAUAUUCAAAAGAAAAUGUUUUGGAUCUCAGUUAUUUUAUUGUUUGCCUUGAACGGGUGUAAUGGAUAUCAGCCAAAGUUCACCGAACCCAUUGGCAACAUCACCGUGCCAGUCGGCCGAGAAGCUAUGUUUACGUGUUACGUUCACGGCUUAGGUGGUUAUAGGGUCGGUUGGGUGAAAGCCGAUACAAAAGCCAUUCAGGCUAUACACGACCACGUGAUUACGCACAAUGCUAGAGUAUCCGUUUCUCACACCGAUGAUUCAACGUGGAAUUUACACAUAAAAAAUGUGCAAGAAGAAGACCGUGGUCAAUAUAUGUGUCAAAUAAAUACUGAUCCAAUGAUAAGUCAGAUGGGAUACUUGGAUGUAGUGAUACCACCCGAUAUAAUUUAUGAAGACACUUCUGGAGAUGUAAUGGUACCUGAAGGAGGAACUGUGAAGUUAACAUGCAGAGCCAAAGGCUACCCAAAACCACACGUUUUGUGGAGAAGAGAAGAUGGACGAGAAAUAGUUAUCAAAGACGCCAGUAGCACUAAAACUAAAGUUACCACAUACCAGGGUGAAGUGUUGCGGUUGACCAAGGUCAGCAGAUCCGAGAUGGGAGCUUACCUGUGCAUUGGGUCAAACGGAGUGCCACCGUCUGUUAGCAAACGCAUCACUGUCAGCGUUCACU